AUGCUCGGUCUGUCGUUCUCCGCCCUGGGUAUCCUUGUCCCAGUUCUCCUCAUCGUUCAAGUGCUUGUCAGCUAUGUUCGCAACCCAUUGCGCAAGGUCCCAGCUGCCCACCCACUGGCUUAUUUCUCUUCAUUUUGGAUGCAUUCAAUCCGCUGGCGGGGUAUCGAGAAUGCGACACUCAAAGCAGCUCACGACCGCUUGGGCCCGAUUGUGUGUCUCGGGCCCAACGAGAUCAGCGUGAACUGCGUCAAAGGCGGGAUACGAGACAUCUAUGCCGGAGGUUUCGAGAAAAGCAGUGCCAAGGAUGGAUACAAUUGGUAUGGUUUCUUUUCGAACUAUGGAGGAAUCGACAAUAUGUUCUCUACAGGACGUAACAAGCCGCAUUCGCAGAGAAAGCGGAUGCUGAGUAAUAUCUAUAGCAAGUCAUACGUUACUGCAAGCGACGCGCUAUUGAAUCAGGUAUCUACUAUCCUCUACAGACGCUUUUUGCCGUAUCUGGAGUCGACGUUUGUGGAGUCCGAAAAGGGCGUUCUGAACAUCUACGCACUGCUCAGCGCAACGACUAUGGAUGUUGUGACGUGUUUCAUUUUUGGCCUCAAGGCAGGCUCGAACCUUAUCGAUGACCGGAAGCAGCUUGCGUGGUUCCUGAACUUGUACAAUUCGCGCCGAUCCUACAACUUUUGGCCGCAGGAGUUCCCGCGAUUCACUAGCUUUGUGGAGAAAUGGAUUGGUUACCGAUUGUCACCCAAAUGGGUCGACGAAGCAAACGGUGAGAUUGAGAAGUGGACGGCGAGAAUGUGCGAUGAUGCCUGUGCUAUCUCAAUCGCGGGCGAUGCACAGAUCGAGGAUCGGCCUGUGGUGUAUCAACAGCUCCAAAACAGCAUGGCAAAAGCGACGAAGGGAGAUGAAGAUAAUAAUCUACAGACUCAGAUUGCGAGCGAGGUGUUGGACCAUCUUGCGGCAGGUUUCGAUACGUCUGGGAUAACUUUGGCCUAUGUCGUCCAUGAGCUCUCGCAACAUCCGAAGGUUCAGGCCCGCCUUCGGGCUGAGCUACUCAGUCUGUCGCCACAGCUUGUACCUUCAUCUGCAUCGAAGUUGCCAGAUCCAAAGGCUAUGGAAAACCUACCCUUCCUACAUUCAGUCAUCUGGGAGACCCUGCGUCUUCACUCAGCCAUUCCGGGUCCACAACCACGCUUUGCGCCACGGCAAGGCUGUCGACUUGGUCCUGAGAAGGCGUCGUACUAUAUUCCUAAUGGAGUAAGGGUGAGCGCAAGCGCGGGUCUGUUGCACCUGAAUGAGGAGGUGUUUGAGCGCGCAAACGAGUGGAGGCCGGAGCGGUGGCUGGACUUGGACAAGCUAGACGAGGAGAAGCGGAAGGACAUGGAGAGCCGAUGGUUUUGGGCCUUUGGAAGUGGCGGACGCAUGUGCGUUGGAAGUCACUUGGCGAUAUAUCAGAUGAAGUACAUCAUUGCGGCGCUGUACUCGAAUUACCGCACCACGAUCGUUGAUGACGCAGGAAUCGAGCAGAUGGAUUCGUACACUGCGCCACCCAAGAGCGACAAGUUCAUGAUUAGACUUGAGAAGGUGGUGUAUGAAUGA